UACAAUCCCCUAUAUAAUCAGCUCAUCAUACUUCAAUAGAACAGUCGCCGAUAGAAUCCAGUACCAGUCGUACCCUUCGAUCACAAUGAGCGAUUCGUCAGAAAAGAGUGGAGAAACAAUGCAGGUAGUGAAGCCCAGCAACAACAAGAGGUAAAUUUGAUUACAUGAUUGAUAGAAAGAUGGGGAUAAAGAACAUCCAUGUUUGUCGUGAAUUUCCAGCAAAGCCUUUCCGGACUUCACAAGCGACCUGUCCCCGAUGGAAAUACUCACGCAGCUCGUGAACAACGAUUACCUGGCGGAUGUUGUGUUCAAGGUGGGUCAAUUUGGGACCCUGAUGUAUGCACACAAGAUUGUCAUCACGCUGGCCAGCAAGGUGUUCUUUGCGCAGUUCAACGGUCAGUUUUCCGACGGCCAACAGGAUUCGCAUCUGAAGCCCAUAGUCAUAAAUGACAUUGAGCCGCCGACGUUUCAGGAAGUUCUUUCGUACGUUUAUUGCCGAAAAGUUAACCUGACCGCGGACAACAUGCUGGACGUUUACUAUGCUGCAAAGAAGUACAUGCUGGUAAGCUUGCAGGCUCUCUGCGAAGAUGCCUUCCGUCGGAAAAUAGACGAUGACAACGUUCUCCAGAUUUUCCGCUACAAUAGCCGCCAAUACCAUUUCGACAUCGUCAAUGAACUGUGCUUCAGUUUGAUCUGCGAUAACCCUCUCAAGUUCUUCAAGCAAGAUGGCUUUGUAGAGCUGGAUCAGGGUGCGCUGAAGAUCCUCGUCGAGAGGAAACGAAUGAACUGCCAUGAGAGUCAAUUGAAAGAGGCGAUUGCGAAAUGGGAGAUCGAUAAUGAAGCACUGGAUCUGUCUGUAGAGCCCCGGGUUCGAUUGUGCCGGAAGCUUUACUUCUUCGGCAGACCUAGAUAUGGCGCACUCAUAGAUACCGACAUCACGCUUCAAGUCCAAUCACGAAUUGCUUUGUAUGGAGUUGGAAUAUUCGUAGGUGUUAAGUAUGAUACCUUUGUCCCCGGGAGUUCCGCGACGGUCGAGGUGGAAAUCAACGACAAGUUGGUGGCAACCAAAUCUGUGGAACUGUUGGAGAAUUUGGAGACGUGCGAAAUAAUGUUCGAGAAGGUUAGCGUUGAUGAGUCGUGUACUAUGCGAGUGAUCGUUGAGCCGUCGUGCAAUCUUAGACAUGUUCACAUGUUUUACCUUUCCGAGUUUUAUCUAGCAGAUACCCUGGGCAGUUCACAGCUCACGAUUGAUGCUGCAGAUGAAAAGAUCGACAAUUGCAUUUCCUAUCUUUUGUGUCAGGCUGUGGAUAGUGAUGCUGGUGAGGACUAAUCUUAAGUCAAUAGCGAAACAUUUUGUAAUUGUAAAAAUGAUAAUAACAAAUUAAUUAUAAUAGAAACUGUUAAUAAGUAACAAAUAUGUCAUACUAAAUAUAUGUAUCAU